GCGACGAGAAUGCCGUUCGUUUUGUCCUCGCCGGAGAAAGAGUCUCUUAUUCUGAAAGCCGCUAAGAGGAAGUUGGCGUUGCAAACGUCGUCAUUUUGACUGCGGUCACACGCACACAAAAAAAAAACUGCGAAAUCUCGCGGACGGACCAGCGCCCAGAGAACCGAAUUUGGGGAAAAACUGUAAAAACUACGCCGAGCGCCGCGAUGGACGAGCCCCGGGACCCGCGGGUCCCCCAAGACAGCUUCUCGGCCGAGUUUCCUGUGCCGAGUCCAGAGACUUCCGGUGCUGUGUUAUUGGACGUGGAGUGGGUGGAGAGACGGGGAAGGAAAGGAGGCGGGAGGCGGUGGUGGCUUGUGGUUCCUGCCUGCUGCUCGACAUCCCAGAUGCUCCGGAAAAGCAACGGACGGAGGAGGAGGAGGAGGAGGAGGAGGAAGAGGAAGUCCCACACUCCUCUCCCUUCUCUUUCCUCCACCACCAUUUUGUUGACGUCUCUGCCGUCGGGAGUCUGUUGGAGCGGUCGCGGUUGUGUCGGGAGGAGCGGCUGCUGCUUGCUGGAGUGUGACGGGCAGUCGGGAGGUCGGACUGGUUCUGGUUCCUCUGAUGUCUGCUUUCCUACUUACAGGACAUGUCAUUAGCUCCUGUGUAGCCGGGCUGCCGCGAACAACUCACCAAGCAUGCUGGAGAAGUGAAAAAAGGCUUUACAUUCAACAGCACAGAGCAGUCCUAGAGAUAAGUGCCUUGUGAGGGAAGCAGGAUGUUCACAGGCUCCUCCAAAAGUCCUCCCGCUAAGACGCCGCAGCCCGAGCGGCUGGAUGAAGUCUACAGCGCCCUGCGGAGGGGCUUGCAGUCGUACCUGCAGGUCCAUCAGCUGGAACUGGACAGCCUGGGCCAGCAGACCAGAGAGAACAAGAGGAACGGGCGUUUGGGGUCCUUGUAUGAGCUGGAUAAGCAAGUGAAAGCCAUUGAGAGAUUUAUGCGUCGCUUGGAGUUCCACCUCAGCAAGGUGGAGGAGCUCUACGACGCGUACUGCAUUCAGCGACGCCUCCGUGACGGGGCCAGCAAGAUGGUGGCGGCGUUUAACUCCGCCACCGGGAGCAGGGAGGCGCGGGAGAGCCUGAGCGAAGCCAACAAGGGCUACAGGGAGUACACAGAGCACAUGUGUUCGCUGGAGAGUGAACUGGAGAGCCAGAUGGGAGAGUUUCACAUCAAGAUGAAGGGCCUGGCUGGCUUUGCGCGGUUGUGCGCCGGUGACCAGUACGAGGUUCUGAUGCGCUACGGGCGCCAGCGAUGGCGGCUGCGAGGGCGCGUGGAAAUCAGCAACAAGCAGGUCUGGGACAGCGAGGAAUACAUCUUCCUGCCUCUCGUCACAGAGCUGCUGUCAAUCAAGGUGACGGAGCUGAAGAGCCUGGCCAAUCACGUGGUGGUGGGUACCGUCUCCUGCGAGAUGCUCGACCUCUUCAGUCCGCUUCCUCAGACGCUGGCGGUGGACAUCAACGACCUCGGGACGGUUAAGCUCAACCUGGAGGUCACCUGGAGCCCGUUCGAUAAGGAUGACCAGACGUCCUCCACCAGCACGGUCUCCAAACGGCUCCUGUCGAACCAGAGCCCUCCAGACACGCCCUCCAUGCGGGAGCAGGUGUUCUAUUCUCUGCUGAAGAGACAAGGAGAGGUGGAGAACGGGACAGUCUGGUCCAACUCCUCUGAGUCGUCUGACGACUCCUCCAGUCCGGCUCUGGGACACCACCAUGCUCAGAGGUUGCCGGCCUCCCACACGCUCCUUUCUACCGCCACUCCGCUGCUGCUGACCACGCAGCCGUCCAGCACCUCCACGCCAUCCCUCUCCUCCAACCAGGAGGAGGAGGAGGAUCCAGACGCCGCCGAGGGGUUCUGUCAGAUCGACUCGGGGAAAGAUUCGGUGCCCAACGGCCAUCUGCGGAGUUCUGCGUCUGACAGCCACGCCGGCGAGCUGAGCCGAGACUGGACUGCCACCUCCGUGACGCUGGUCCAAUCGGCCGGCCUCUCUGAAACCUCCCAACGCCUGAGCGGUUCAUACACUGACGUUUCCUCCUCUCGGCGCUCUGUGGCGGAGGGGCCGGGUGCUCUGAAUGUUCCGGAGGAGUGCGUUUUGGCCCCAGAGCCGAAAGACGGCGUACGCCAGGUCUCGACGCAACAGGACGAGACAUCUGAAACAAGAACGGAGGAAAAAACCACUAAGUUUGAAACAAACGGAGAGAAAUUUGGGGAAGAACCAUCUUCACAAGACCUCGGUCAGCGAUACCACGCCAUCCAGGAACUGAAACAGCCGGAUGACCCGUUCAGCGAUGGUUGCCAAAGUUCUUUUAGAUUAAGUCAGGAAGUUGAGACGGCCCUCGAAAGUUUUGACUUUCUCAACUGUUCAGAUCUUGAUGAUGAGGAAGAGGACGUAGAGCAGGAAGACAAGGUGGAUGAGGAAGGAGGACAUGGAAAGGACCAACACAAGGUGGAGGAAGAGGAGAGAGGACAGGGAACAGAGGGACAGACGAUGUACACUGAUGGGAGGCGAGUUUUUUCUCGAGUUAAUGUGAACGUUAAAUUAUCCAAAUAUCGAUUUGUAAUUAUACAUUUUUAUUUUAUUUAACCCAAUGUGUCAUUGAUUAAUUAAGCACAAAACUGUGUCAUGAACAUCUUUUUGAUAUACAAGUCUGCCAUAUUUCCAUUUGUCCCCAGCGAGGAUGACGAAGAGGAGGAGGCGGGUCUAGAGAUUCUUAUGGAGGCGCCAGAAGGUUUCCGGAAUUCGGAUGAAGACUGUGACUCCCAGUCACAGGGGUCAAGCACAGAGAGCCUGCAGGAUCUGAGCGGGAUCAGAAAGGAGGAGGAGGAGGAUGAAGAUGAGGCAACCGAAGAACACGAAGAGGAGACAUCGAGUGAUCAGGCGGACCGUCCAGCUACUCCCACCAACAGGGCCACAAAUCCUUUAUAACCACAUGCUGGAACCCACGGCUCCCGCCCGCCCCGUCAGCCUCCCAGUAAGGCCUUCCGGGGUCUCCUUGUCCUGAUCAGACAAGCAAACUCUGUCCAUUACGGUGGAGAUUGUGCAGAUAUUCAAAGAAGCGCCGCCCUCGAUUUGACUUGAGAUUAAUGAAAAUGGAGGACACUGCAACCCAACUACGACUGAAAAUACUUCUGGUCCAAAGCACUCAGUCGCUGGUCUACACACUCACACACUCUUAAAGGAAAACAAUCACAUUUGUCAACAUUGCCUCUCUCUAUAUAUGUGUUGGCGCUAACACUCCCCUGGCAGCCGUAAUGCGGAGCAGUCUUAUCUGUCUCUGGAAUGCUGCCGAAAUUGUGCGGAAAAAUGUCCGCCAGUGUCCAUUAAUUGGAAAACUACAACCCUGCUUACGGGUUUGCCGCUACCUCCGGCGGGACACAUCCGAAUAGGCGGUAAGAAAAUAAAAACCACACUACACAUAGUUGUCAUAAAUGACCUGUGAGUCACGGAGUUGACGCCGCCGGCCUCUUUCCGGUGGCGUUUUGAGAGACGCACAGAAGACGGUUCAGUGUUAUGGCUGCUAAUGGAAAGUUAUCCCGACAACAUUUGAAAAUAGUCAUCGUUCGCCUGGGACGUCUAGGGGUCAAAGGGGAAUUCCACCCAGUUUACAAACUCACACCUUGUUGUUGCCUUGUCGGCUCUCAAAGCUAAAAACCAGAGGAAACGAACCAAGGCCACUACUUCCUGCGUCAUGUAAACGUACUGCCCUGAACUGCUACCUGGACAGACGCGGAGGCUAGCUUCAUGCCUCCGAUGACACACAGUUGUAUGAUAAGUCAAGUCACGUCCGGAACGUUUCUCGAAACCAAGAAAGUGUUCUCAUCCCCGUGUACGUCAAAGUAAAGACAUGUCGACUAGUGAACGCACAUCCUCCCUAAGACAGAGGUGGAGCGGUUCAAAGCAGAGAUUCAGUGCUGUUUGUUCUUUACACCCCCUCCUGGGUGUGUUAUUAAGUAUAAUAUACAUAUACCCAUUAGCCAAAACAUUAAAACCCCCUGCCUAACAUUGUGUAGGGUCUCCUCGUGCCACCAAAACUGACCCGUUGAGGCGUGGACUCCACAAGACCUCUGAAGGUGUCCUCUGGUAUCCGGCACCAAGACGUUAGCAGCAGUUCCUUUAAGUCCUGCAAGUUGCGAGGUGUGGGGCCUCCAUGGAUCGGACUUCUUUGUCCAGCACAUCCCACAGAGGCUCGAUGGGCUUGAGAUCUGAGGAAUUUGGGAGGCCAAGGCAGCACCUUGAACUCUUUGUCAUGUUCCUCAAACCGUUCCUGAACAGUUUCUGCAGUGUGGCAGGGCUCGUUAUCCUGCUGAAAGAGGCCGCUGCCAUCAGGGAAUACCGUUGCCAUGAAGUGGUGUACCUGGUCUGCACCGAUGUUUAGGUAGGUGGUACGUGUCAAAGGAACACCCACAUGAAGGCCGGGACCCAAGGUUUCCCAGCAGAACAUUGCCCAGAGCCUCACACUGCCUCCGCCGGCUUGUCUUCUUCCCAUAGUGCAUCCUGGUGCCAUCUCUUCCCCGGGUAAACUUGGAACACGCACCCGGCCGUUCACAUGAGGUAAAAGACAAUUUGAUUGAUCAGACCAGGCCACCUUCUUCCUUUGCUCCAUGGUCCAGUUCUGAUGCUCACGUGCCUAUUGUAGGUGCUUUUAGUGGUGGACAGGGGGUCAUCAUGGGAACUGACCGGUAGCUGUGAUGCACUGUGUGUUCUGACACCUGUCUAUCAUAGCCAACAUGAACUUCUCCAGCAAUUUGAGCUACAGUAGCUCUUCUGUGGGAUCGGACCAGACAGGCUUGCCUUCACUCCCCACGUGCAUCAAAGAGACUUGGACGUCCAGGAUGCUGUCGCCAGUUCACCUUCUUUGGUAGAUAAAGACCACUGCAUACCAGGAACACCCCACAAGACCUUCCGUUUUGGAGAUGCUCUGACCCAGUCAUCUGGCCAUCACAAUCCGGCCCUUGUCGAAGUUGCUCAGCUCCUUACACUUGUCCAUUUUCCCUGCUUCCAACACAUCAACUUCAAGAACUGACUGUUCGCUUGCUACCUAAUGUAUCCCACCCCUUGACAGGUGCCAUUAUAACGAGAUAAUCAAUGUUACUCAGUGUCAGUGGUUUUAAUGUUUUGGCUGAUCAGCGUUUAUACAUUAAGAGUCCUGAAGAGGAUUUAUGUAAUCUGUGUCCUGUGGAAUCCAUCAUAUCUCACUGCUCUGUGGUCCAAUGUUUACAGACACGAGAACCGUAACAUCUUUUGCCUAAUAUUUAAACCUGCAUGUUUUGCCGUCUCGCGCUGCUGGUGUGUAUCUGAAGUGCUCGGCGGACUUUGGGCAGACGUGUCUGUGGUCCAUUAAGCGCCGGUCCAGUUUUCGCCUUUUGAGUUUUGGAUCGCCAGAACCUUCUCACUCAGAAAAAAAGUGCCUAAGUUGAAACAGAAACACAGGGUUGUAUGGAAAUGGAUGUUAAUGAAUUAAGGCCAUUGAAUGAGAGAGGAGUUUAUGAUACAGUGUUUUAUUUUCUAAAUGACUUAGAGUGUGCAGAAUAAGAGUAUUUACUGUUUCAUAUAAAAGAAAUGUAUAUGUUAUGAAUUGUUGAAAAAAUGUUUAUGUUCAAAAUUGUUUAAAACUUUAUAAAAGUUUCUUUAAAGGUGUAAUGAAUCAA